UCUAUAAACUGAAAAUGAUCUAGACCAGUAAUUCAAAAUUCGAGUGUGAUUCCACAAAUGCUCUUAGGAUAAGGGGAAAAGGGCGACACAUAGUGGCAUCAGCGGGAACACCUGGAGACCCCUAAGAGAAUUUGAAGUAAUAGUGACGCUGCUGACCCCCAUAAAGCUUAGCCAUGGCUUUGGCAGACGAGAGCAACUUCGCCUAUGUGAAGCAGGUGGCACUAGACUGGCGGGAGAUGGUGCGCGAAAAGCACCAAAGUUUGUUGAUGUCGCCUACGCAGAGCUUAUGGGGGGAUGAAUCCCAGCUGCGAAUGGCGGGUACAAGGUCCCGGACGCAGUCGAUGAUUCCGGAUGAAAGACGUGCCUCCAGCUUCUACCGGCAUCGCUUUUCACAACAGGAGAAGCCCCUAGUGAUCGAGAGAAGGGAGGGAAGCAUGGAGCCAUCCCGCAUCCGAAUCAACGACGAGCUCCAAAUUUACAUUUUCCAGCCGAUCUACGUCUCACCCGCUCUGAGGGCCUCCAUUCAACCUCUGUCCCGCAGUGACUUAAGCCUGGCCUCGACCUUACUGGACACGCCCUUAGAAGAGGUCAACCCUGUUACGGCGGCGAGUCCAACACCACAGUCAGUGUCGCCCUAACCCGUAAAAUAAUCAUGAUUUCCUUCCACCUCAUACUUUUUGUACUUCAGAGCAAUAAAACACACUCGAUAAAA